AUGGUUUGCGGAAAAUGUCCUACCAAUCAGAAAGCCUUGUUGCUCCAAUUGAAGAAUAGCCUCAUUUUUGACAGUGCUUCAUCUACAAAACUGGUGCACUGGAACAAAAGCAUUGAUUGUUGCUCAUGGGAAGGCGUGACCUGCAACAAGGGAUGUGUUAUUGGUCUCGACCUGAGCAAUGACUCUAUCUCAUGUUCACUUGACAAUUCAAGCAGCCUGUUCAAGCUUCGAUAUCUUCAAAAUUUGAAUUUAGCAAGCAAUGACUUCAACAGUUCUGAGAUUCCUUCAGAAUUUAAUAAGUUGUCGAAUUUGGUUUAUUUAAACCUUUCACAUGCUGGCUUUCAAGGACAAAUUCCAAGUACAAUUUCGCAUUUAAAAAGGUUGGUUAGUCUUGAUUUAAGGAAUUGGUAUAGCUUGAAGCUUGAGAAUCCAAAUUUAAAUAUGCUUGUUCAAAACCUAUCGAAGCUUGCGGAACUUUAUCUCAGUGGUGUGGAUAUAUCAAUGAAAGGGUAUGAGUGGGGCCCAGCAUUAUCAUUUUCACUACCAAAUCUAAGGGUGUUGAGCUUGUCACGUUGUAAUCUAUCAGGGCCUUUUGAUUCCUCCUUGGUGAAUCUGAAAUCCCUCUCAAUUAUUCGUAUGAGUAAUAACAACUUAUCCUCUCCGAUUCCUGAUUUUUUUGCAGACUUCAGAAACUUGACAACCUUGAUUUUCAGUAGCUCUUCAUUGAACGGAAAAUUUCCAGAAAGGAUCUUUCAAAUUCCAACAUUGCAAAUGGUUGACUUGUCAAAUAAUUUUGAACUUGAAGGUUUCUUCCCAGAUUUUCCUUCGAAUGGAUCUCUUCAAACCCUAGUCCUUAGCAGUACAAAGCUUUCAAGGUCAUUGCCAUAUUCUAUUGGGAAUCUCAAAUUAUUGUCUGAAGUCGAUCUUUAUUCUUGCAAUUUCAGUGGAGAGAUUCCGAAGUCAAUGGAAAAUCUCACCCAAUUGCUUCAUUUGGACUUGUCAGGGAAUAGAUUCAAUGGAUCAAUUCCAUCAUUGAGCAUGAGCAAGAAUCUGAAAACAAUAGACCUUAGCAGCAAUGAUUUAACAGGUCAGAUUGCUUCCACUCGAUGGAAUUACACCUUCAAAACAAUCGAUUUUCUGGCCAACUUGAUGAAUUUUCAACUGCUCCUUCUUACCUAUUGA